CUCUCUCUCUCUCUCUCUCUCUCUCACUCACUCUGCGCGCGUGUGUGUUUACAGACGGGAAUACUGCGCCAGAGGAAGUGCGCCGGUUCUCCGUCUGCGCGUCCCUACUUCCUGCUCAGAGGAGGGAGAGAGAAAAGCAGCGGAUCCGCUUUCAGAAGCAGCAGCAGCAGCAGCAGCAUGGAGUCUCAUAACAACACACACUCUUCCCCACUGUAAGACGAAAACAACACUCCCACAAAGCUCACGCCCGGGCAGACGGACAGAGAAUCGGCCGCCGUCCACAGCUGGGUCACCCGUGUCUGCGGUGGUAUCACCAUCAUGGAGAGCUCCAUCACGCUCUGGCAGUUUCUGCUGCAGCUUCUCCUCGACCAAAGCCACAAACACCUCAUCUGCUGGACGUCCAACGACGGCGAGUUCAAGCUGCUCAAGUCAGAGGAAGUGGCCAAACUGUGGGGUUUGCGCAAGAACAAGACCAACAUGAACUACGACAAACUAAGCAGAGCCCUGCGCUACUACUAUGACAAGAACAUCAUCAAGAAGGUGAUUGGCCAGAAGUUCGUCUACAAGUUUGUGUCCUUCCCUGAGAUUCUGAAGAUGGACCCCGCGAUGGUGGAGUUCGGUCGCAGCAGUGAGGAAAGUGCGGGGGCGACGUCGGAGCCUGACGCUGAAGACGAGGACGUCGGCGGCAGAAACGAGUACCUCCACUCUGGCCUGUACUCCUCCUUCACCGUCAGCUCCCUGCAGCAAUCCUCAGAACCUCACCGGCCCAUCAAAAUGGAGCCCAGGUCUGAUCGCCAUGACGACAGUUCCUCUGUCAUCCGGUUUAUAACUAACCGUGGCCACUCCUCCCUCCCGCCCACCCCGCCCCCAUCCACUGACACCUCACACUCCUCCAAGCUGUCCCCUGGACAAGUCCGCUCCUGCUCCUCCUCCCCCCCCUCCCCGCAACAGAGCCCCACCCACACAAAAUGGAGGCAGCGGAGUCAAAGCACAGACACUGAUGAGUUAGAGCACAGUGUUCAACCCCUAAACCUGUCAUCGGGUCAGAGAGAGAGGGAGAGGUCACAGCGGACCACCACACCAGAGAGGAGGGGAUUGGCCAGCAGUGGGAAUACUUCCAAGAGCAGGAAACCCAGAGACUUGGAUAUCUCCGCCCCCUCCCUCCUCCUGACAGGAAGUGACUUUGUCUCCAUCGCCCUCAACAGCCCGGCACUACCUUCUGGGUCGCUGACCCCUGCCUUCCUCACGGCACAGACUCCGUCUGGUCUGCUGCUCACUCCCAGCCCUCUACUCUCCAAUAUCCAUUUCUGGUCCAGCCUGAGUCCAGUGGGACCACUCAGUCCUGCCCAGCUUCACAGCCACGCCUCCCUCUUCCAGUUCCCCUCACUGUUGAAUGGACCCAUCCCAGUGCCUUUGUCCAGUUUGGACGCUCCCAGUCCCCUGCUGUUGUCUCCAAGUGCCCACAAGUCCUGAUGUCAGCCUGAGUCUCAUUAGAGAGAGACCCGGGCCAAACCAGACUGAGCCGGUCCAAUUCAGCACAGAUCAGGACUAAACCAAUCGGCCUGUGUCUGUGAUGAGGAACAGCAGGCUUUGCCCCAAGACCUGAAACCUGUUUCUUUACAUUUACAAUAUGAAGAAACAGGAGCUUCACUCUGAAGCUUUGCUCUCUGAGAAGAGUAUUUUGCAUUUCUCCGUGUUUACUCGAGUUAAACUGCUUUACUGUUUUUUUCCCCAUUGUUGUUGUUUUCUUCUUUCAGGCUGUAAAAACCCUCAGAUUCUCGUGAUCAUGCGCUUAUCAUCUCAUAUUUAUCUAAUCUCACGCCACUUGUUUCAAACUUGUGUGACAAUACAAACAUUAUGUUUUGUUUUUUUUAUUUCACUCACACAAUGCAGAUCAGAGGAAAUACCACCAUGAGACUAUACUUAUAAAUGGUUUGUAAUUAGGUUAUUAAUUAGCUUCUUAACACUUGGUAAAUAUAUUUAUUAGUUAAGUUAAGUUACACACUUUUAUAACUGCCUUAGGAACAAGUAUGUUAAUAAACAAGAACCCAUUCUUCAAAUUUGAUGUGGUUCACAAUUAAACACGUUUGCCAUUUAUAGUAGUAACUUGAUACGAUUGAUAGUGAACAGAAACAGGAAAUAAUGAGCCCAGACCAAUGUGUGAAAACGUAUAACUCCUAUAUGUUUGUUAAUUAUUCGUAAAAUAAUUUUUAAUUAGCCAAUUAUAAACUAUUUAUAAAUCUUUUCUAAGGUAGUUCUUAUGGUAACAAAAAAGGGUUUAUUUCUGUCUUGUUUGCAUCAUCAGUGAGUGGAAUUUUUUGUCUGAAUACAAAAUAUUCAGUCACAUAUAAAUAUCUAUUCUACCCAAAGUGUAACAUUUAGCAGUUUUUCUUAUCUUUUGGGCAGAACCAGUCUGUUAUUUUUUUCUCGCGUUGUAACUUAAAGGUCCAAUGUGUAAAAUUAAGGUGAGGUGAAACUAGGUUUUUUUGUGUGUGUAAAAUCACCUGAUUGUAUGAAUUGUUUUCAUUACCCUCAUAAGCAAAGGUCAGCUCUACAGAAGCUGCUGUUUUGGACCAACAUGUUUGUACAGAGUUUGAAGUGAAGGCUUCAUAUGUUUUCCAAAACACUUGGAAGAGAGUGAGAUGAGGGAUAUACAACUUCAACCUGACACUUCACCAACACAUUUUACACACUGCACCUUGAAGCAAAACCUUAGCUAACUGGCUGCUGGCUAUAGCUUUAUAUCUUAUUGACAAGCAUCUGAGCCAGAAGUCAAAUAAGUCAACAAUCCCAAGAAAUUUCAAAAUCAUCCAAAUUUCAUCAUAUAACUGGGAGCAGAUUCGAAGGAUUAGACGCUACAGGCUUCAUAAGCCAGUAAAGACACCUUGGUAUGACUUUAUCUCUCAUUUUAAUAGAUUGCAAAUGUGAAAUACAGUCAAUCAGCGACAUCACAUUAACUCAGCCUGCACUCCUAUCUAAUCUAUCAUCUGGGGAUGUGAACAAAUGUGACGAGAAGAUGAUGCAGCUCUAAAGAUGAUUGUUAUUUAAGUCAUUUCACACAAAAACAUUUUGUGACGACAGCUUCACUGACUCCUGGCAGAGCACCUGCUAGCCAGAGCAUUCACAGCGCUGUGGAAGUCCUCCUCGUGUAUCUGUAUCGCUUUGAUUUGAUCUCACGUGUACUUGACGCUGUGAACAUUUAUUUACGUUGCCGUCUCUUGCUUUUGUUUUUUUAAUGCACUGUGAUUUUACACCUUAUUUGUACCAGCUGUGCCUUCAAUAGUGUAUGUAAAUGUAUGUAUUAAGCUUCAAACAAGGUCGUAACAGACAUUCCAGGUCUAAAUUGCACAAAAGUGUUUUUUGUAAAACGGUUCCUGGUUAUUAUUUUUUAUAUAAAGAGAUUAAGUGUA